GUUCGGAGCUUCACGAUCUUGCGGGUGCUUCGAAUCCUGAGGAUAGCGCGAGUGGCACGGGCUGCACGGAUUAUCAAUUCCCUUCCCGAGCUGCGUGUUCUGGUGAAGGGCAUGGUGAUUGCUAUGCGCUCGACUUGCACUAUCCUGGCUUUACUGCUUAUCGUGGUUUACAUCUUUGCUAUUCUGUUCGUGCAGCUGCUGGCAGAGAGCCAAGUUGGACAAGGAUGGUUUGAGAAUGUUCCUCAGGCCAUGAAUUUCCUCCUGCUGCAGACGUUGGCUGGGGCCGAUGUAAUUGUCAUCAACAAGCUGCUCGCAGCAGGCUGGACCUACUACCUGCUCUACCUGUCCUUUGUGUUCAUGGGCUCUCUGACAUUGAUGAACAUGCUCAUCGGAGUCCUCUGCGAAGUGGUUGGUGUUGUUGCUCAGAUUGAGGAAGAGCGAGCCUUUCACGAUGAGGCACA